AUAUUCAAGCCUUUGAAAGUAAGAAAAUAAAUAAACAAAUCUCAGCGCGAUGCUUUUGCACACUUCCCCAAUUACGGCACGGAUCGACGUCAAGUUGCUAUAAUAAAUCGAGCUGUGCUCGGUACAGCCGGCUCAGUGCAAGGCGCGCGCACUGCCUCUUCAUUAACGCGCGCUGUAUUCACGAGGUUAAAUACAACCAAGAACUUUGGCUCGCUUCGAAGUAGCCGAGUGUAUCGGCGUGAUGCACCUGCAACACUGCACUUCGCCAUCGGCCAGAAAUGCUGCCAGUGACUUUCCAGUCGAGUUGCUCACCGAGCACCACCCCGCGACGUCCUCCGGCGCCACCCCAGGGAACCACCCGGCACUAACAAAACUCCCCGCCGAGCUGACCAGCGAAGAAGACAAUAGGAGCGAGCUCGCGCCCGCGCGCAAUACCUCCAUUGGGUCCGACGCGCAGCGCACUUUGGAUGGGAGCCACGUGGAGAAGCGAAACGCGCCUGAGACGAACCGAGUGCGCACGACGACCGCCACCAUCUCCUCCUCGUCCACCGCGACCAUGUUCUCAUACGCGGCGCAACACGGACACACGCUAACGCCUUUCUCCAUAACCAAUCCGGGUCACUUUGUGGCACAUCAUACCGUCAUUCCAAACGGGCCGUACGACGGAGUCCUGUCAGGUGCGCCUCGACAGAAUUACUCGAGCGCCGGUUAUCCUUACGCACAGGCUUACAGUCAGGCAUAUCAGAGCGGCGCGUUGUACCCGCUCUCUUCAGCGCACGCGGGACUCAUGGCCGGCAAAGCACAAGUCUAUCUCUGCAACCGUGCGCUAUGGCUCAAAUUUCACCGGCACCAGACAGAGAUGAUCAUCACAAAACAAGGGCGACGCAUGUUUCCGUUCCUUAGCUUCAACAUUUCUGGACUUGACCCGACGGCUCAUUAUAAUAUUUUUGUGGAUAUUAUUCUGGCCGAUCCGAAUCACUGGCGUUUCCAGGGAGGAAAGUGGGUUCCGUGCGGAAAAGCGGAUACGAAUGUAACAGGAAAUAGAGUGUACAUGCACCCGGACUCCCCAAACACAGGAGCGCACUGGAUGCGUCAAGAGAUUUCGUUCGGUAAACUGAAAUUAACUAACAACAAAGGAGCUUCAAAUAACAGUGGACAGAUGGUCGUCCUCCAAUCGCUCCAUAAGUACCAGCCCCGAGUGCACUUGGUCGAAGUGAAUGAAGACGGGACAGAAGACUCCAGCCGGUCCGACCGCGUUCACACGUUCACCUUCCCGGAAACGCAGUUCAUAGCGGUCACCGCAUACCAGAACACGGAUAUCACCCAGCUGAAAAUCGAUCAUAAUCCUUUCGCCAAAGGAUUUCGGGAUAAUUAUGACACGAUUUACACAGCCUGUGACACUGAGCGCCUUAGCCCGUCUUCGUCUGACUCCCAGCGCGCGCAGCUGAUGUCGGCCCGGUACGCGGCUACCAGCUCCCUUCUCCAAGACCAGUUCGUCGGACAUUAUUCGGGUCCGGCGGGGAGCGUGGAGCGCGCGCUCUCUUUCACUAACAGCCUGGGGGGCUCGGAGCAAGCUGAGGACAGAUGGUUUAAUAACAGAUUAGAUUUUCCCGCUUCGACUUACGAGGCAGCUGAUCUGACUGGCAGCCUGCCCUCCUUGCUGCCCUAUCCUGCCACCGCAGGGGUCAAAGGUCAGACGCUUUCCGCUAGCCCAACUUCUGGUCGCGCGCUUCCUGCCUACUGCGCCACGCAGGCCGGCUGGGAGUCGCGCGCUACGGGUCUGCCGAGCUGGAUAACGGAGACCAGUUUUGAGCGCUCGUAUUUGUCUGAAGACGGACUGAACGUGGAGAAGGACGAGACAGCACCGAUAGUUUCCGAAGCGAGCAAAGACAAGGACGCAGCGGAUUCGGGAUGGACAGAAACACCGUCUUCGGUGAAAUCGGUCGAUUCAGGCGACUCGGGGAUUUUUGAGCAGGCCAAAAGGAAGAGGAUGUCGCCGCCCGUUUCGGAGGAGCAGUCACCGCUCAAAAGGGACCUCCAUAACGCACACGACGGAGCUCGGAAUAUGAACUACUUCACUUUUUAUUCACAUAGUUAAACCAGAGACCGUGUGGCAUGGAUCAUAUUUACUUUAUAUUUUUG